AUGCACAAUCAUUCUUAUCCGCUAUUUGGUCAGCUUCCAUUCCUUUCGAACUUGGUAUCACUUGAAAUUGAAUCAAUUUGCGGAGAUAAUAUUCCAGAAUUUGAACUUCCGAAUUUGAAAAAACUUAUUUUCACUUCAUGUCCCAAUACACGUUGGCUCAAAAAUCUAACUGAACUUGAAAUGGUCACAUAUACAAUGGCAGGUUGUUGUACGAAGGACAGAGUGUUAGUAUGGCCACACACAUUAAAACUUCUCAAGAUCGUUUAUGAAAAUUAUCGAGAUUGUGCACUCAUUCCACAGUCACUCAUGAAUCUAUCUCAAUUAAUUGAUCUUGAAGUAUAUCAGAGAGAACCAGGAGGACCCUUUCCCUGUGGUGAAACAUGGGCACAAGUGAUAUCUGCAUCGAUUCCGUCGUUGAAAAACUUCAAGUUCUAUUUUCAAUUCAUAUGUCAUGAUCGACAAUUACAUCAACUUACACAAGUUGUAGCAUCCUUCUCUACGCUAUUCUAUACGCUGGAAAAGAAUUCCUUUGUACGUUGUGAUGUAUCUGCUCGGCAUGAAACACCUCUACAUGAUAAAGAAUAUGGCACAUAUAAUACAGAUAUGAGACACGUCAUUCUCUAUACUAUACCAUUCUCUUUCGAAAUAUUUACUGUCUUUAAAACUUUUUCAAAAAUGAAGAGUUUAGAUUGGUCGAGAAACGAUAUUGAUUUUGGGAGUAUCAGCAUGCGCACAAGUAUCAAAACAUUGGUCUUCAAAAGUUAUUCAGUACCUAAUUCUAUGUUUGAUCAAAGUUCUGUCAUCAAUUUGAUGAUCCAUACUUCUUUCAAUGCACUAGCUUGGACUCAUAUCUUGACCAAAUUGCGACGCAUCACUAUUGGCGAUGGGACAGCAUUAUCAUCAGAAGAUUUUAAUCUUCUAUUGAAUAAUGCACCACAUCUGUGUUCAUUAACCGCGAAAAAGAGUACACUAAAAAUACUGACCGAUAAUUGGACUGAUAUAUGCGUCUGCCGUCGUCUCUCACGAAAGAUUCGUUCAUUAACCCUUAGUUUAGAUCGAAAUACAUUGCAAUGUUUUGAGAAAAACGAACUUGAAAAAAUCUUACUCAUUUUCUCUUCACAAUGUCAGCAUUUAUCGUUGGGUGUUCAUUCACACAGCAAUACAAUUGAUUUCAUCUUACGUAAGAUGCCUCAUCUGAUCAGUCUACAUGUGCACAUCCAACGAAGAAACGUUUCACCAAUGACGAUUGAGUGAUUAGAAGAACAAAACACACGAUUCAAUCGUACAAACUGCAUUAUUACGAGUGUUGGGCACGGUUAUUCUUUUUGGCUAGGAUAAUCGCGAUAAUGAGACGCAGGAGCAUCUGAUCAACUUCUUAUCGAGCUUUUACAAAGAGACUUAUGGAAAUAGUCUCGCAUAAUUGAAGAUGAACCAGAAAAAGGCGUUCCGUGUUUAUUUUCUAGAGGGAAGAGAAUUAGACGAAACAGAGGCGUCAUGGAAUGGUUUUAGUAGAGAAAAUAAAAAUGUGUGGUAGAGGAAGUUGUAGAUUCGUUGAGAAACAGAUUGAUCUGUGUUUUAUUUCAAUACUAAACCAAUCGAUUGAUCUCAGACUUUACUCAGGUUUGGAUAACUUGAUGGCUCUAUUAGUGAAUAUUGAUUGUCACGCUUUAUUUUUUCAUAGAGCUCGAAAGUAUGAGAGUGUGGGUGUGGAUGCAUGCUAGCUUUCCCCAGACCCACACCCGCAUCCAUAUAGGUGCAGGUUCCAUUGGUCACAUGAGUUUGGUUUCCAAUCACUACGAAGAAAGCCUAUGGUCGAUGCAGAACAGCGCAGGAAGCAAUGAUUGUUUGGCAUACUAGCGUGAGACGCCAAAUGUGGAAGAGAUUAGCGUGAUUUUUACUCUCUUGGCUUUUAACUUGAUGUACUCUGAUUAAUCCAAUUAAAUAAAAUUCUAGAAUAAAUUAUAGUAGUAAUUCGCAUGAAGACUCAACUGCUAGUAGCAGUCAUCCUUCAGAUUCGCUGACUCGUUGUCGAAAGAAUUCCUGAGGAUGAGAUGAGGGUCUUUUAUAAGAAACUAAAAAUACUAUAUUCGAGUGAAUUUUUUUCUGGCUCUUUUAUAUAGGCGGAUCGAUAGAGCAUAAAAAGAUAAUAUUUAAUUCAAUUUAACCAUUGUUGUUUGACUGAGAAUAAAUGUAGUAUGUCUCAUACGAACUGUUUUAAAAUAGUGUAUUCGGAAUCAAUGUAAAAAAUUGUAUCAAACGAAAGAAAGUUUUCUUCUUACGGAAAAUUGACUGUUGAGUGACUACAAGCAAAAUUUAAGAAAAACAAUACCUGAAAGAGGCCAUAGGUUUAUUUUUCAUUGUAAAUAUACUACAUCUAUACUCAUUCAACUUUCUUAUAGUAUUUCUAGCUAAACCGUUUGAAUAUUGCCAUUUCGGCAUCUUAUUUCGUUUCAUAUUUAUAAAAGUAAUAAUUAAUUCAUAUAGUAUCUUUUUUAUUGUUUAUUAUUUAAAAAGUUAAGACAAACGAAUAAAUGUUACAUAAAUAUUCUCUUGAUAUUUGUAUUUGAAUAAAAAUUAUAAACAGACGAUGAUUAUAUUUACUCAAAAUAAAAUUUAACAUUUUAUCUAUUGAAUAUGGAAAAUAGUUAAUGAAUAGAUAUAUAUUUAUUUUUCUUCUUUCAAAACAACAUAAAAUAAAAACAAAUAGU